GUUACAGUUGAAGAAAGCCCUGUUGAAGAAGAAAAACCAGAACAAAUACAAGAAGUUCCGGAAGAAGUUCGGGUUAUUGAAUCUAUCGCAGAAGAUGGUAAACCGAAAAAGAAAACUAUUCGUACUCGUGUCAUUAAGAAAGUUAAGGGUGACAAACAAGAAGUUACGAAAAUUGAAACAGUUCAAGAAGAUGACAAACAACCUCAAACAACAGUUACGGUUGAAGAAAGCCCUGUUGAAGAAGAAAAACCAGAACAAAUACAAGAAGUUCCGGAAGAAAUUCGGGUUAUUGAAUCAAUCGCGGAAGAUGGUAAACCGAAAAAGAAAACUAUUCGUACUCGUGUCAUUAAGAAAGUUAAGGGUGACAAACAAGAAGUUACGAAAAUUAAAACUGUUCAAGAAGAUGACAAACAACCUGAAACAACAGUUACGGUUGAAGAAAGUCCUGCUCAAAAAGAAAAACCAGAACAAAUACAAGAAGUUCCGGAAGAAGUUCGUAUUAUUGAAUCAAUCGCAGAAGACGGUAAACCGAAGAAGAAAACUAUUCGUACUCGUGUCAUUAAGAAAGUUAAGGGUGGCAAACAAGAAGUUACGAAAAUUGAAACUGUUCAAGAAGAUGACAAACAACCUGAAACAACAGUUACGGUUGAAGAAAGUCCUGCUCAAGAGGAAAAACCAGAACAAAUACAAGAAGUUCCGGAAGAAGUUCGUAUUAUUGAAUCAAUCGCAGAAGAUGGUAAACCGAAAAAGAAAACUAUUCGUACUCGUGUCAUUAAGAAAGUUAAGGGUGGCAAACAAGAAGUUACGAAAAUUGAAACUGUUCAAGAAGAUGACAAACAACCUGAAACAACAGUUACGGUUGAGGAAAGUCCUGCUGAAAAAGAAAAACCAGAACAAAUACAAGAAGUUCCGGAAGAAGUUCGUGUUAUUGAAUCAAUCGCAGAAGACGGUAAACCGAAAAAGAAAACUAUUCGUACUCGUGUCAUUAAGAAAGUUAAGGGUGGCAAACAAGAAGUUACGAAAAUUGAAACUGUUCAAGAAGAUGACAAACAACCUGAAACAACAGUUACGGUUGAAGAAAGUCCUGCUGAAGAAGAACAACCAGAACAAAUACAAGAAGUUCCGGAAGAAGUUCGUGUUAUUGAAUCAAUCGCAGAAGAUGGUAAACCGAAAAAGAAAACUAUUCGUACUCGUGUCAUUAAGAAAGUUAAGGGUGACAAACAAGAAGUUACGAAAAUUGAAACUGUUCAAGAAGAUGACAAACAACCUGAAACAACAGUUACAGUUGAAGAAAGUCCUGCUGAAGAAGAAAAACCAGAACAAAUACAAGAAGUUCCGGAAGAAGUUCGUGUUAUUGAAUCCAUCGCAGAAGAUGGUAAACCGAAAAAGAAAACUAUUCGUACUCGUGUCAUUAAGAAAGUUAAGGGUGACAAACAAGAAGUUACGAAAAUUGAAACUGUUCAAGAAGAUGACAAACAACCUGAAACUACAGUUACAGUUGAAGAAACUCCUGCUGAAGAGGAAAAACCAGAACAAAUACAAGAAGUUCCGGAAGAAGUUCGUGUUAUUGAAUCAAUCGCAGAAGAUGGUAAACCCAAAAAGAAAACUAAUCGUACUCGUGUCAUCAAGAAAGUUAAGGGUGACAAACAAGAAGUUACGAAAAUUGAAACUGUUCAAGAAGAUGACAAACAACCUGAAACAACAGUUACGGUUGAAGAAAGUCCUGUUGAAGAAGAAAAACCAGAACAAAUACAAGAAGUUCCGGAAGAAGUUCGUAUUAUUGAAUCAAUUGCGGAAGAUGGUACACCGAAAAAGAAAACUAUUCGUACUCGUGUCAUUAAGAAAGUUAAGGGUGACAAACAAGAAGUUACGAAAAUUGAAACUGUUCAAGAAGAUGACAAACAACCUGAAACAACAGUUACAGUUGAAGAAAGUCCCGCUGAAGAAGAAAAACCAGAACAAAUACAAGAAGUUCCGGAAGAAGUUCGUGUUAUUGAAUCAAUCGCAGAAGAUGGUAAACCGAAAAAGAAAACUAUUCGUACUCGUGUCAUUAAGAAGGUUAAGGGUGACAAACAAGAAGUUACGAAAAUUGAAACUGUUCAAGAAGAUGACAAACAACCUGAAACCACAGUAACGGUUGAAGAAAUUCCUGCUGAAGAAGAACAGCCAGAACAAAUACAAGAAGUUCCGGAAGAAGUUCGUGUUAUUGAAUCAAUCGCAGAAGAUGGUAAACCGAAAAAGAAAACUAUUCGUACUCGUGUCAUUAAGAAAGUUAAGGGUGACAAACAAGAAGUUACGAAAAUUGAAACUGUUCAAGAAGAUGACAAACAACCUGAAACAACAGUUACGGUUGAAGAAAGUCCUGCUGAAGAAGAAAAACCAGAACAAAUACAAGAAGUUCCGGAAGAAGUUCGUGUUAUUGAAUCAAUCACAGAAGAUGGUAAACCGAAAAAGAAAACUAUUCGUACUCGUGUCAUUAAGAAAGUUAAGGGUGACAAACAAGAAGUUACGAAAAUUGAAACUGUUCAAGAAGAAGACAAACAACCCGAAACUACAGUUACGGUUGAAGAAAUACCUGCUGAAGAGGAAAAACCAGAACAAAUACAAGAAGUUCCGGAAGAAGUUCGAGUUAUUGAAUCAAUUGCAGAAGAUGGAAAACCGAAAAAGAAAACAAUUCGGACUCGUGUCAUCAAGAAAGUUAAGGGUGACAAACAAGAAGUUACGAAAAUUGAAACUGUUCAAGAAGACGACAAACAACCCGAAACAACAGUUACGGUUGAAGAAAUACCUGCUGAAGAGGAAAAUCCAGAACAAAUACAAGAAGUUCCGGAAGAAGUUCGUAUUAUUGAAUCAAUCGCGGAAGAUGGUAAACCGAAAAAGAAAACUAUUCGUACUCGUGUCAUUAAGAAGGUUAAGGGUGACAAACAAGAAAUUACGAAAAUUGAAACUGUUCAAGAAGAUGACAAACAACCUGAAACAACAGUUACUGUUGAAGAAAUUCCUGCUGAAGAGGAAAAACCAGAACAAAUACAAGAAGUUCCGGAAGAAGUUCGUGUUAUUGAAUCAAUCGCAGAAGAUGGUAAACCGAAAAAGAAAACUAUUCGUACUCGUGUCAUUAAGAAGGUUAAGGGUGACAAACAAGAAGUAACGAAAAUUGAAACUGUUCAAGAAGAUGACAAACAACCUGAAACAACAGUUACGGUUGAAGAAAGUCCUGCUGAAGAGGAAAAACCAGAACAAAUACAAGAAGUUCCGGAAGAAGUUCGGGUUAUUGAAUCAAUUGCAGAAGAUGGUACACCCAAAAAGAAAACUAUUCGUACUCGUGUCAUUAAGAAAGUUAAGGGUGACAAACAAGAAGUUACAAAAAUUGAAACUGUUCAAGAAGAUGACAAACAACCUGAAACAACAGUUACGGUUGAAGAAAGCCCUGCUGAAGAAGAACAGCCAGAAGAAAUACAAGAAGUUCCGGAAGAAGUUCGUGUUAUUGAAUCAAUCGGAGAAGAUGGUAAACCGAAAAAGAAAACAAUUCGUACUCGUGUCAUUAAGAAACUAAAGGGUAACAAACAAGAAAUUACAAAAGUGGAAACUGUAGAGGAAGACGGUAAGGAGCCAGAAAGUGUUGUUGUUGUUAAAGAGAUACCAAUUACUGAACUAGAUUCUGAAAUUAAAGAGGAUUUCAAAGGAUAUCCUCUUAAACUUAAAAAAACUGUUCGUAUUAAAAAGCCUUCAGAUGAUGAAUUCAUAGUGGAGUUGCCGGAACAAAAAUCUAUAAUUAUUUCGCAAAAAGAGGAUGGAACGCCUACAAAAACCGUAAUUAAGACUAAGAUAAUCAAAAAAGUGAAAGGCGCGAAGAUGGAAAUUACCAAAAUACAAACUACAGAAGAGUUUGAAAAAUUGCCUGUUACUAAAGUUACAGUUGAGGAGUUUAAUGCACCAUUUCCUGAAGUUAUUGAAGAAAAAAUUAAUCCUGUUUUCGAAUUGCCAGAAAUAGUUUCCCAGCAAAUAUUUGAUGAUGGAGAAGAGUCUAAAAUCAUAAAAACCAAAAAGAGAGUUUUCAAGAAACCGAAAGAAAAUGUUGUCGAGGUUACUGAAAUCGAUUCGGUACAGAUAAAUGAUGAGAAGCCGCAGUUUUCUGUAACUGUAAGCGAAGAGCCAAAAUCAGAUGCUGACACAUUCGGACCCAUUUUAACAGUUGAAUAUCCUGAACAAAGUUCCGUUAUUGAUGAAAAAACGUCAGAUGGUAAAAUAAAACAAAAAAAGGUUAAAACGCGAAGCUUUAAAAAACAUAUCGAUGAUGGCAAUGAUGAGUUAAUUACACUGCAAAUUAUUAUUGACGAUGAUAAAGUGCAUACCUCAGUUGAAGAAGAAGUUGUUCCAUCAGAAGAAUUUUUAAUAGAGGCAACACCUAUUAUAGAGCUGCCAAGCAAGAUUGUUGAAUCAGAUACAAUAGAUGAAGACAAAAAAAUGAAAAAGAAAGUCACUAAAACCAGAACAUUCAAAAAAAUGAAUACUGAACAACCUGAAAUAUAUCAAAUACAAACUAUUGAAGAAGAAGGAAAAGUACCUUUUUCAAUAGUUCGUGUGGUUAGUGAUGAAAACAUAUCAGAUAUUAUUGACAUAAGUUUACUAGAUGAUGAAACUCAAAAACCAAAAUCAAAACAUAGGGAGAAAAAACAAAAAUUACAAAACACUGAGUCGGAUACACCAAUUUUCAUUACUACAUUUAAAUCAGUUCAAAACGAAGAAGGCGAAACAAUAAUUCAGACAGAAAAUAAAAAAGUUACGCAGGAUGAAGACGUGUUAGUUGAGGAAGUGCUCAGCGAUAAUGAACAAAUGCCAGAAAGUAUUUCAACUGUCCCUACAAAUGUUCAAAUUACCGAAGUCAUGGAUACUCCAGACCAAGACAGCAAAGAGUACACUAUCAUAGAACCAGAUGAUGAAACACCACAAACACCAAAAACAAAAAAACAAAAACACACAAUAACUUUCGAAACGACAGAAGAAAAGCAGGAAAUCCAAGAAGAUUCGCCGACAUAUUUUGUGUCCGAAAACGACUAUGAAACAAAUCUUAAGAAAUCUCCUAUACCUAUAACGACGGACAAGACAGACAAGAAAACUAGACUAGACGAAAUAACUGAUAUUCCAGAAAUAUCAAUUUCAGAACUAGACUCUACAUUUAGUAAGCCUAUAAAAAAAAUUAUACGUACACGUACAGUUAAAAAAGUUAAGGGUGACAAACAAGAAGUUACGAAAAUUGAAACUGUUCAAGAAGAUGACAAACAACCUGAGACCACAGUUACGGUUGAAGAAAUUCCUGUUGAGGAAGAAAAACCAGAACAAAUACAAGAAGUUCCGGAAGAAGUUCGUGUUAUUGAAUCAAUCGCAGAAGAUGGUAAACCGAAAAAGAAAACUAUUCGUACUCGUGUCAUUAAGAAAAUUAAGGGUGACAAACAAGAAGUUACGAAAAUUGAAACUGUUCAAGAAGAUGACAAACAACCUGAAACAACAGUUACGGUUGAAGAAAGCCCCGUUGAAGAAGAAAAACCAGAACAAAUACAAGAAGUUCCUGAAGAAGUUCGUGUUAUUGAAUCAAUUACAGAAGAUGGAAAACCGAAAAAGAAAACUAUUCGUACUCGUGUCAUUAAGAAAGUUAAGGGUGACAAACAAGAAGUUACGAAAAUUGAAACUAUUCAAGAAGAUGACAAACAACCUGAAACUACAGUUACGGUUGAAGAAAUACCAGUCGAGGAAGAACUACCAGAACAAAUACAAGAAGUUCCGGAAGAAGUUCGUGUUAUUGAAUCAAUCGCAGAAG